AUGGCAUCGAAGUUCCUCAGAGAAUACAAGCUCGUCGUGGUUGGCGGUGGUGGUGUAGGCAAGUCUUGCCUGACGAUUCAGCUGAUCCAGAGCCACUUCGUCGACGAAUACGACCCAACAAUUGAAGAUUCGUACCGCAAGCAGUGCGUCAUUGACGAUGAGGUCGCACUGCUCGACGUGCUCGAUACGGCCGGCCAGGAGGAGUACUCGGCGAUGCGGGAGCAGUACAUGCGGACAGGCGAGGGCUUUUUGCUCGUCUACUCGAUCACGUCGCGCCAGAGCUUUGAGGAGAUCACGACCUUCCAGCAACAGAUUCUGCGUGUGAAGGACAAGGACUACUUUCCCAUGGUCGUGGUGGGCAACAAGUGCGAUCUCGAGUCCGAACGCGAGGUGACCAGACAAGAGGGUGAGGCGCUCGCAAGAUCGUUCGGCUGCAAGUUCAUCGAGACGUCGGCAAAGUCCCGGAUCAACGUCGACAAGGCAUUCUACGACAUUGUGCGCGAGAUCAGACGGUACAACCGCGAGAUGCAGGGCUACUCCACUGGCAGCGGCACGUCCAACGUUGGCGGCCCUUCUAACAAGAUCGAGGUCAGCGACAACGACACCGAGGCAGGGUGCUGCUCCAAGUGCAUCCUGAUGUAA